AUGUCGCGCCAUCGAAAUGUCCGAAAUAUUAAAGUUGAAGAGAUUUUCGAGGAAGAGGGGUAUUACGAUGAUUAUGGAGACGAGGAACAAAUGAAAGCAGGAUUACAAAAAGUCAGAAAAGUUAUCGGAGUCGAUAAUGGCAUUACUAAUGCCGAAAUCGAAAAUUCAUUAUGGAAUUACUAUUUUGAUACGAAUGAGACUAUUAAUUGGCUUUUAGAAAAAAUUCGCAAGAAUCAAGAGAAUCAAAGCAAACCUACUUCACCACUACCUCCUAAACAAAAAGAAUUUCCAUCGGUACCGUUAAAAUUAAAAAAUUCUCAAGCAUCUGUCAAAAAAGUCUCGGAAUCUCCUCACAUCUCAAAAAAACGCAAAUCAAAAACAGAUCCAUAUAUAAUAAAAAAUGAGACUUGUUCGAAAGGAUGCGUUCAUGACAAGAGCUUUGUCGCUCCUGCUGAUCUUUGGUCUUGGUAUAACGUUAAAUGGUCAUGUCCAAGAAAUGGAAAUUCGAUAAUAAUUCCUGUUAAGCACCAUCUCAUUGACUCGCGAGGGAGAAUGACAAGACAAACUGGUUUGCUUGGUGGAGCAGAUAAUCCAGAGUUUGAUGAUGGAUCGCAAAAAAAAACUAAUUUUAAACCGGAGAUAUCGAGAAAUCGCAUAGGAUUAGCUUCUUUACAUGUCAAUGAAGGGUCAAAUCCACGUACAUUGAAAAAAUCGAAUCCUGAAGGUCCGGCUAGUACUAGACUAUCAUCUUUAUCCCACUCUAAUACUGAAACACCUGCGAGUCGGCCAUCUUUAUCUGCCUUGGCACAAUCGAGCGCCAGACAAUCGACUAGACCUUCAUUAACAGAUUUGGCAAAGAUUUCCUCCUCCUCUUCAAAAGAAAAAUCUCUAUCCUCCAUUCUAUCAUCGAAAAAUAAAAGUGACGAACGUCCAUCUUUGUCAUCAUUGGCCCAAAAAUCUCAAUCUAACAACCGUGUGUCAUUGACAAGUCUAAUUCAGAAACUUGAUUAUAUACCAAUUAGCCGAUCUACUUUUCAACGUUCUGCUGAAGGCAGUCAAUCGUUGCUUUCCUCUCAGACAUCCAUUCCACAGCCCCCAUUGGAAAAUCAUCUUCUCGAGAAUAAAGCUCAAGUCAUAAGUAACAAGAACAUUUCGACAAUACCAAGUUUAUCAGAUCUUGCAAAGCUAAAAGCAUCGGUGUCAAAUCAAAUUGUGUUAGAUAAUAAUUCUCCCGUGGUUGUCUCCGAAAAUAAAGAAAAUGAAAACAUGUUAUUAUUAUCUUCGAAUGUUUCUUCUAAUUCUUUAAUCGCGCCGCCAUCCAUUUUUGCGAAAACAAUAUUUGCAAAAUAUGAAGACGCCAAUCCACCAACUAUUAUUGACCAUUUUACGUUUGAUAUAUUCUCGUCAGGCGAAAAUAAGAAAUUCAAUUUUAAUCAACCAAGUCCUGAUGACAUCGUGAUGAAGGCACAAAGCCAAAAAGGAGGUGUAAAUGCAAAAGAAAAGGCAAAAGAAAAGGCCAAACAAACCAUUACAGCAGCAACUACGACCACUUCAGCCACAACUCCUCUGCAAUCUAAAGUGGCUACACCGUCAACUUCAAAGGUACGAAACAUAAUGAAUUCAUCGCAGCAAACGUCAAAGUCAACAAAAGUAGGAGCAGAAUAUAUUGAUGAUGAGGAUUCUAUCAUUGAAGUUAUUGAGAAUGAAGAUGAUGAACAAUUAAGAUUUGAUUUGUCUGCUCUCAAUCUCGCAUCUACAAAUGUACCCGACAAACCUUCUACUAGUAAAUCCGUAUCUUCUAUACAAACAAAAAGUUCACAAUCAGUUAGCGCAAAUAAACCGAAAAUACAACAAGCUAAACCUCCUCAAAAACUUGCCAAUCGUAUUGAUGUUAUAUCUGAAUAUAAAAAACGCACUUCAGAUAAGGAAUCCUUGAAUUUAGUGGUCAUUGGUCAUGUAGAUGCAGGAAAAAGCACAUUGAUGGGACAUCUACUUUAUUUAUUGGGUGAAGUGAACGAGAAAACAAUGAAGAAAUAUGAAAGAGAUUCUCAAAGAAUUGGGAAAUCAUCAUUCGCAUACGCAUGGGUUUUAGAUGAAACUGGUGAAGAAAGAAGCCGAGGAAUUACUAUGGAUAUUGCAAUCACUAAAUUUGAAACAGAACAUCGACGGUUCACUUUAUUAGAUGCACCUGGUCAUCGAGAUUUUAUCCCUAAUAUGAUAUCAGGAGCAGCACAAGCCGACGUUGCAAUUCUGGUAGUUGACGCGACUACCGGAGAAUUUGAGGCCGGAUUUGAGGCUAACGGUCAAACAAAAGAACACGCGCUAUUAGUAAGAAGUUUGGGUGUACAACAGUUAGUAGUCGCGAUAAAUAAACUUGAUGUUGGAUGGUCAAAAAAACGAUUUCAUGAGAUUGAAGGAAAGCUUGAUACUUUCCUAAUGCAAGCUGGCUUUAAACGUGAUAAAGUGAAAUACGUACCUUGUAGCGGAUUAACAGGAGAAAAUUUAUUGACAAAAUCUGAGGAGAAACUCGAUUGGUAUCCGGGUCCAACACUAGUUAAACAAAUAGAUUCCUUUGAACCACCUACACGACUUCUAGACAAACCAUUUCGUCUCUCUAUAACAGAUUUCUUUAAGGGUGGAUUGGGUGGUAGUGGUGGAGUAUCUGUGGCGGGUCGAAUAGAAGCGGGCACAAUACAAAUUGGUGAGCAAGUUUUGGUAGUCCCAGGAGGCGAGUAUGGGACAAUAAAAGAUUUGAAUGAUGAAUCAGCUAAAUGGGCUGCAGCUGGUGAUAAUGUCUUGAUGUCGUUGACCGGUUUAGAUAUCAUGCAAUUAAGUAUUGGCGCUAUUUUAUGCUCUCCUUCGAAUCCGGUUCAAGUGACUUCGCAUUUCCUUGCUCAAAUUGUUGUCUUUGAUGUCAAAGUGCCUAUUACAAAAGGAUUCCCAGUUAUCCUCCAUCAUCAUAGCCUUGAUGAACCCGCUUCAAUAGUCGAUCUAAUAGCUGUUGUUGAUAAAAGCACUGGUGAAGUAAUAAAGAAGAAGCCAAGGCAUCUACCCAAAUCAACAACAGCCACUGUCGAAAUCAAACUUACAAAUCGACCCAUCCCCCUCGAGACUUUUCGAGAAAAUAAAGAGAUUGGAAGAAUAACACUGAGAAAAGGAGGUGAUACUGUUGCUGCUGGUGUAAUAAUUGAAGUGAGUAAUUCAUAUUUUCAAGUGUUUAAUACUGGUUAA